AUGUUUGUCGGCGACUCAAUAACCCAGGGUUGGAGUCUGUUUGGCAAAAUUGUGUGGGAAUUACACUACGACGCCGGCCGUCACACCUAUAACUACGGCAUCUCCGGUGACACCACUUCUAACGUAAUCUAUCGGAUCCGGGAUAAGGAGUUUGACGGACUUCAGGCCAAUGUUACUGUGCUUAUGAUCGGUACUAAUAAUAUUUGGCACAAUAACAAUACGGCUGAAGACGUUAAACAUGGAAUUGUUGAGAUUAUAACCGAGUUGUUGACUAAAAUGCCGGCCACCAAGAUCCUUUUGUUGGGUAACUUACCAGCACCAUGGCCAGACCAAUGCAAAGAGCUUAAUGCAUUGUUGGCAAAGUUGGCCAACAAUAAAAAUAUAUUUUUUCUGGACAUGUGGUCAGCCUUUGUGAACAAAACCGGUAAACAAAUAGCAAAUCUCUUUCUUCCCGAUGGCGUUCAUCCCAAUGAGUCCAGGUAUGAGGUCUGGCAGAAGACUAUGGAUCCCGUUCUCCGUAAACUUUAUCCAUUGAUUAACAAUUGA